UGAAGGAGUGUGCGUGUGGGAGAGAGCGCCUGUCCUGCCCUCACCGACGCCCUUCGCUAUGUCCAGGGCCUCGGGCGAGAGCCGCAUCCCCACGGUCCGCCGCUCCGGCUUGCCCCGCCCCGCACCGCCCCAGCUGAGGGUGGGCGCCCCUUUCUCCUUGCAGGGGGGCUCGGGGCCCUUCUCAAUAUCCCCCACCGCCGCCCACGACCUGCCGCUGCCCCCGCCGCGCCCCCGCCCGCCCCACAAGGCCGCCCGCUUCUCCGCUGGGGACUUGCCGGAGUGCAGCGCCCCGCGGCGCGGCCCCCAGAGGCCCGUGUCGUCCGGUGGGCGGCUGGGGCAGGGCGAGGGCUGGGGCGGGCCGGAGCGGGCGUGGGCACUCACCACCGCCCCAGACUCUGCCUUCUCGCGGCAGCUGGCGCGCGUGACGCACGGCGCACAGCUGUACGACGACCACGACGAUGACGACCAAGACGACCACAACGACCACGACGAUUCGCGCCGCGCCCGCCCCGACGCCCGCCUCACCUGCCUGAGGGACGCCCGCGCCUGCUGGGAGAGUGUGGCCGCGCCCCAACCCUCGUGUGAGCCGCGGCUGUCGCGUGAGAGCGUGGGUGCGCGCGUAGUGGUGGGGGGAGUGGAGCCGGGCACGCUGCGGUACGUGGGGCGCGCUGCCUUCGCUGCUGGGGAGUGGGCGGGCGUGGAGCUGGACCUGCCACUCGGCAAGAACGACGGAUCCGUGGACGGCGUCAUCUACUUCACCUGCCGCUCCCCUCACGGCAUCUUCGCGCCGCUUUCCCGCGUGGCGCCCGCACCGCACGACGCCGCGCCGCUAGGCAUGCCCGGCCCCGCCCCAGCACCCACGCCCGCGCCUACCGCCCUGCCCAGACAGCUGACGGACUCCUCUCCCGAGGGGCCUGAGUUUCCCGGGGUGCGCGGUGGGGCGCGGCGCGGGGCGGGCGAGGAUGGCGAGGAGGUGGCGGGCAGCCCCGGCAGCCCCGGGGACGCCACGUGUGACGACUCCUCGCUGGGCAUCCUCACGCCGGACCAGAUGCCGGACUUCACCGUCACCGCCUCCGCCUCGCUGGGCCGCUCGCCCUCAGACGAGGACGUGGCGGCGCUCGAGGACGAGGUGUGUGAGGGCGCGGCAGCGACAGUGGCGGCGAGCAGCGAGGGCGCGGGGUGUAGCGGCGGCGGGCGGUGCGAGGGCAAGGAGUUGCCACGGUGGGACUCGGACCCCAGCGUGGCGGCGCUGGACGAGGAGCUCUUCCGAAGCGACGUGACCGCCAUCAUCCGCGAACUGCGCUCCUCCGCCGAGGCCACCUCCUCAGGGGGCUCCUCCCCAUCACGCCCCCGCCCCUCGCCAGACACUGAGCGCUUCCAACGCGACGAGGAGCGCCUGCAGCAGGAGGACGACGACGCCCACGCUCACGCCCAUGCCGCGCGUCGCCACCAACCACAAUCACCUCCCGCCCCGGGCGUGGUGCCGCGGGGCGGGACGUGCCCACCGCUGCCCGAGCUCCGCGAAGUACCGGGCGGCGUGGAUCUUGCACGCCUGCCCGCAGUGGCGCGACGCGCGGCGCCCCUCACCACGCGGCUGCUGCUGGCGGCGGCGGCGCCGGGAGAGGUGACACCGGAGACGGAGGCGGCGUGGAGUGGGGGCGUGGUGGGCGUGGUGGGCGUGGUGGGCGGCGCUGCCAUGACUACCAGCGCGGGCAGCCUGGACCAGGGGUACCAGGGUGACGCGGAGUGUGACCCGCGCUCUGAGGGCGGCACGGGCACGGCGUCGUCGCCCACGGAGGACGUGCGGCUGUUCCAGGGUGUGAUGGACGUGGAGGCGGACGUCAGCCUGGGCGAGGACGACCACGAGGCGGACCACCACGGGGGCGGCGCACAGCGGGGCGACCGCUCGGCGCGCAUCAUUGAUGGCAAGCUGUACCACGCGCCCCGUGAGCUGGCGCGCCCGCAUGACCCCAACGCCUCCGAGAUGGACUCCUCGGGCUUUUACUCUGACCUGGACCCGCGGGACCGCGACGCCGAGGACGAGAGCGCCAGGACUGACCUGGAGCCCGUGCAGGAGGCGCUGGGCGGCGCCGCCCUCCACGACUCCCUGCUGGAGGACGACUCCCGCGGCGCCGCCUCGCUGCAUGACUCCCUGCUGGACGAGGACACGCGCGCCGACCACUCCCUCGACGACGACCGCAGCUCAGCCUCCACCCUCAGGCCAGAGUCCAAGGACCCCACCCUCAGCGACGCCCACGACCCGCCCACCACAGACCCAACGCCACCCACCACCACCACCACCACCACCACCACCACCAACACCAACACCAACACCACCACCAACCUGCCCUCCCCUGGCGACGCCUUGCCUCCAGGCACCACCAUCAUCCCCACCACCGCCACCACCACCCUCACCAAUCCCCCAUCCACACCCCUCAUUGUGGCCCCCGCCACGCAGUCCCCGCAAGACCACGACGCCCCCACCCCUCCCCCUCCCCCGCUGACCCAGGACGCACCAUCCACGUCCGACAAUCUCGCAGGCGUCGACGCCGAGGAGGAGAGUGCGCGUGCACGCGCCCGUACCUACGACAAACCGUGGUUGGCCCGCCCUGCGGUGCCGCGGCGGCGGGAAGAGCCGCGACGCGCACUGCCCCCCCCGCCACCCAUGCCCAAGCGUAACGUGCAGUCUAAGCUGAAGGCCCUGCUGGAGGCGCCGCGCGAGGCGCCGCCCGAGGAGGUGCGGCGGCCACGUCAGCCCCGCAAGAACCGCUGGGAUGACGUCAUGACCAAGAUCGCCGAGGGGCAGCGCGAGGCGCCGCGCGGCCCGCCCAGGGAGGUGAAGAGCCGCCUGAUGGAGGGCGUGCUGGCGCCCCCCGCCACGCUCUCCCCCCAGGCCGAGCGUAUCAGGCAGGAGCGGCGCGAGCGGCGCGAACGACGCCAGGCAGCCGCCACGGCGGCGGCGGCAGCGGCGGCAGCAGCAGCGGCGGCGCGGCGACCCCUGCACGCUCGCGGGGACAGGAAAAGAAGCUCCGCCAGUAUUCGCAGCAACAGGACCAGCCGCGCCCCUUCCCUGGACUCUCUGCCCGCCGACCACGCCUCCUUCGCCUCCUACAGCAGAGGCUCCUCCGUGGACAGAUCGGAGGCAUCCCACAAGUCAAGUUCCACUGCUUCAGGAGGUGGACUAUCACGAGCUUCAAGGGACUCCCGAUGCUUCUCCUCCUCCUCCACCCCUGCUCCUCCUCCUCCUCGCUCCUCCUCCUCCUCCUCCUCCACCGCCACCAACACCACUACUGCUGCUGGAGAUAAGAAGCGUAUCGACACCACCACCACCACCACCACCACCUCCGCCCCCCGCCGCGCCCGUCUGGACACCCUCAAAGCCAAUCUCAACGUCAAGCCAGCCCGCAUAAGCCAGAGAAAAGCCACAGAUCCAGUGAAGGCGCCUCGAUCCCUCAACACAGCUCUCACAUCUCGUUCAAACGCCCACAAUGGCCCCGCGCACACGCCCACGCACGCGCCCGCACCCACGCCCCUCCAGGACCACGUUAAGAGGCUGGAGGCGGAGGCGGCGGCACGGGCGGCGGAGGUGCGGGCGGCGAGAGAGGAGAAGGAGGAAGUGACGCGGGCUAUGGAAGCUUUGACUGUUCUCCUUCACCACUUGACCAGCAGGUACGACCCGUUCAGCACGCCCAAACUGAAGGCGGAGGUUAGAAGAUUGACGACCCAACUUACUGAGACACGACUGAGCCUUGACGAGAGCAGUGCAGCACUUAAAAGACUGCAGGAGAAGGAAGCGAUCACAGCAGAAGAGCACAGCAAGGAGGUUCGGGAUCUGACAGCACAGCACCAGCAGGCCCUGGAGCUCCUGACGGCACAGCAUAAGCGCGAUGUGGACCUGGCUCUUGAGAAACACAGGAAGGAGUUAUCUAAGUUUGCAGAAGAUCAGCAAACUCAGCGGGAGGAGGUAAGCCGCGCGCACACAGCCGAGGUGGAGCAGCUGGAUGGGGAAUGGAGAGCCAAGUUAGACGUGGAGCAUGAGAAACAUUUGUGUGCCCUGCAGGAGUUGAACACACGACACAUGCAUCAGGUGCGGGAGCUGGAGACAUCGAGACGCGCCAGGGAGAGAGAGCUCGAGGAGACGAACUACCGCCUUCAGGAGGAGCAGGAGGCGCUGAAGGUGCAGAGCAAGAAGCUGGAGGAAACUCUACUGAAUGACACAGAUCACCGCCUUAUUGCUGUCAGGAAGAUGUGCGCGUCCUUGAAGAGUGAGGUGGAGUCUCUUAAAUCGGUAAUAGAGAUGAAGAACACAGAAAUUCACGGCCUUCGAUCUCAAGUCAUAGAGGUAGACAGGCUAACAUCUGACCUGGAACUGGCGAAGCGUGCCAAAUCACUGCAGGCGAAGACAGAAGACCUCCAGGCGCAGAUGGAUAAGAAGCAACAGCAGGAGAGGUCCCUGGUGAACGAACAUCGCUUACUGGUAGAGACAUGUCAGCGAGAGUCGAGUGUAAACAAACGGCUCAGCUUAGAAAACGAGGAACUGGCUUGGAAAUUGAGACAGAGAGAGGAAUUAAUCAUGUCUAUUUCUGCCCCUCCCCCCUCCACCUCCACCCCCUCCUCGCUGGACAUGGCCGGCCGUACCACCACCAGCGCCACCCCCCGGGCCGCCACACCCCAGGCCACACCCUGCUCCAGGGUAGCUCCCCGGGCCUGCGGCAGCGUGUCGCCCUGCAAAAGUGAGCCGGGACGGCGGCGUCACCGUGGUGGCGGCGGCGGCGGCGGCAUGGAGGUGACGGUUGGCGCGCCGGAGUCUCCGCCGCCAUCGCCAUGCGUGAAGGCUGUGGUGGAGAAGAGCAACUCUGUGUCCUUCAUCCUGGACCUGACGGAGGGGCGGCAGGAGGCCAGCCCCGAGGCGCAGCUGUCCCCGCGCCGCCGCCCGCACCGCACCGCCUCGCUGUCUGCAGCAGACCGCCCGCGCACCCCAGCCCUGGCACACGUCCGCCGCGCAGCGCGAGCCCGCGCCGCCACGCUGGGUCGCGCCCCAGCGGAGGUGAACGGCAGCGGCGGCACCACGCCGCAUGUGAACGGGCGGCGGUCCACCUCGGAGAGCAGCGAGAAUGGAGGCGGCGGCGAGGUGUCCCGCGUGUCGCCCACCGGCCUAGCCUGGACGGUGCCCGUGCGCGGCCCCUGCGCGGCGCCGCCCGCCCCGCCCCGCGCCGCGCCGCGCCAGCUGUUGCAGGAUCCACAGGAGGACGAGUACGAGUGUGCGCCGCGGGGUGAGGCGCCGCCGCGCUUCCUGGAGGCGGCGGGUCUGGCGCUGACCAGCUCCUCGGAGGCCGCCAGUGACUCUGAGCUGAGCCAGUGUUCCCUCAAGGGCGGCUCCUCCUCCAGCGACUCAGACAGCGAGGGUGCGGACGGUGCGCCGCGCCCCAUCCCAGCCGUGUGCCCCAAGGAGGGUGCGGGGGAGGCCAUGAUCCCUGACGAGCUACUGCAGCAGUACGGGGGCGCCGCGCCCCUCUCUCCUACCGUGCCAGUGCAGACCCGUGCCCCGCGCCGCCGCCUGCACUCCGCGCCCUCCUCAGACUCCGACGAGAACACCACGCCGCACAACGACCACGACGACGACGACGACGACGACGAGGCGGGGCCCGCGCCAGACGUCAGCUGGUCCGAAGACGUGGACGUCACCUCCUCCUCAGAGCUGCACGACGACCUGUAGGCGCCGCGCCGCGCCGCGCGCUCAUACGUGACGUGACGUGACGUGACGUGACUUGACGCCACGCGACCCUCUGAUAGCCCCGGCGCGACGCCUGGGCCGCGGUGGCCCCGUGGCGGCGCCCCGUGUGGUUGUUCUCUAGUCAGGCGCGCCGCCCCGCCCCGCAGCACAGCCCCGCCCCGCCCCACACACUAUACAUACUAUAUAUACAGUACAGUACUAUAUAUAUUAUAUAUAUAUACAUACCAUAUUCUAUUUUCCGUUUUUCCUUGAUCAGUUUUUGGUGAAGCGUUUAGGACACAACAGAGCGAAGGUGUCACUCACUCACUCACUCACUCACUCACUCACUCAGUAGUGUGAAGCAACCAAGCACUGGUGCUGCUGCUGCUGCUGCUGCCGCCGCUGCCGCUGCCACUGCUGCCGCUGCUGCUGCUGCCGCCGCCGCUGCCGCUGCUGCUGCUGCUGUUGCUGCUGCUGCUGCUUCCUUCCUCCUUCCCAGUGGCUAUGUACACACACACACACACACACACACACACACACACACACACACGGCUAUAUUAUGCAAACGAGUGCCAUGGAUCAGUUGUUAUGAGAGAGCGAGAGAGAGAGAGAGAGAGAGAGAGAUUAAUAAUAAUAAAGGAGAUAAUGAUGCUAGUGAUAAAAUCUCCUCAUCUCUUACGCCUCAUCCACACACACACACACACACACACACACACACACACACACACACACACAUACACACACACCCUGGCUAGUAAGACCUCAUGUGAUCUUCACGUAGUUAUAGAAGAAAAUAAUAAUGAUAAUGAUAAUAAUGAUAAUAAUAAUAAUGAAUAAAGCGCAACAGUAAAAUAA